AUGGAGCCUGUGGUCAUCGACGACCUCGACUUUGCGUUUUUCCGCACCACCCCGUUCAAUUUCAACGCCCCACCACCCACUUUCCCGUGGCCCAGUCACCCCCUGCGCCAGGUUCCCCUCGCGGAGCAACGGUUCGCGUUCGCCCGCGUGGGCGCCAUGCAAUUCAUGGCGGCGGAGGAAAGCCAGGAAUUCGUAGACGCGUACAUUGACAUGUACCUCACUCGGUUUUCGUUAUGCAUCCCUGGGUUCCCGGACGUUGAUGAAGAGGAUCUGAUGAAUCUGGUUGGAGACGUCCGUGAUCGCCUGGAACGUGAACUCCGAGUAUUAAGCGGCGUGCAGCCGUGGUUUAAGCCUCCUAUCCCUUGGAAGGACUUCGUAAAGAUCAAGUGUGGCCUCGAGAGCACGGAGUGGGAUGAGAUGGCAGCACCCAUUCUAGCGAAACUCGAUGACGAACCAGGCAAUCGUAUUCUAGCCACCGAUUAUUAUGAAAGCCUGGGUGAAUCUACUCACGACUGGCGGCUUGUAGUCCUUCCCCAGAACAGGGAGGAGGGAAAAGGGUGGGCUACUUACCGACUGGAAUCCUGCAGAGGGGAGGGUGAAUCGGACUCGGUAUCCUCGGCAGACAGCAUUUUUGACACGUACACUCCCUUCCCCUCCAGGGCGUCUUCUCCCGUUGGUUAG